GGGCGGCAGCUACCAACUGUGACCACAGGCGAGAUGCAGAUUGUCUGCCAUCAGGUCCCGGUGCUGGCAGGUAGCGCCACAUUGGCCACUAUGGGGACCCUGAUCCUGUGCUUAGGGAAACCUGCCAGUUACGGGAAACACACAGAGAGUGUGUCGUCGGGAGUUCCCUUCCUGCCGGCACGCAUUGCCUGGUUCCUGCAGGAGUUGCCUUCCUUUGUGGUGUCGGUAGGGAUGCUCGCUUGGCAGCCGCGCUCCCUCUUCGGACCGCCCGGGAAUGUCCUGCUGGCUCUCUUCUCUGCACAUUACUUCCACAGGACAUUUAUUUACUCGUUGCUCACAAGAGGGAGGCCUUUCCCAGCGGUGCUGUUUUUGAGAGCCACUGCCUUCUGCAUAGGGAACGGACUCCUUCAAGCCUACUACCUGGUUUACUGCGCAGAAUACCCUGAGGAGUGGUACACAGAUGUGCGGUUUAGCUUUGGUGUCUUCCUGUUUAUUCUGGGGAUGGGAAUCAACAUCCACAGUGACUACACCCUGCGCCAGCUCAGGAAGCCUGGAGAAGUCAUCUAUAGGAUUCCUCGAGGUGGCUUGUUUACGUAUGUCUCUGGAGCCAAUUUCCUGGGCGAGAUUAUUGAAUGGAUUGGCUACGCCUUGGCCACGUGGUCCGUCCCAGCCUUCGCUUUCGCCUUUUUCACACUUUGUUUCCUGGGGAUGCAAGCCUUUUACCACCACAGGUUCUACCUUAAGAUGUUUAAGGAUUACCCCAAAUCUAGGAAAGCUCUCAUUCCAUUCAUCUUUUAAAGAACCCCAAUUUUAAAGAGCAAAGUUUCUGUGGAGGAACUGCUCAGCUGCUGAAACUAUAAACUGUAAACUAUAACAGUGUCUUGCUCACAUGUAUAUAUGGUGAUGUAUGUGUUAAAAGGUCUCUUGUUAUUCCAGUUGCUUGAGGCAUGCAGGGUCAUGCCUGCUUAGCCUAUACUCCUUUCUGCCCAGGGAGCUCUAACCCAAUUUCCUUUUGGAGCUUCACAGAGGCCAUUUUAUUCUUAGCUAUACCAUCUAGAAGCUUCUUGUUUCCCACGGUAUGAUCUGAAGAGGUAAUUGUUUUCUUAUUCCAUGUCACUUUGGGGAAGUUCUGCAGUCAAAACCCUUUGGACUGACAUAAUGAAUAAUGAAAUUAUAGCAAUUGCAGGAAAGUGGGUAGAACUGGAAAUUAUUAUAUUAAGCAACCUAAUCCUGACUCAGAAAGACAAAUACUGCAUGUUUGUUUCAUGUGCAGGUUCUAGAUUUUAAUAUAUAUCUAACUGUUCAUAUGUGUGUGUUGGGGGUCAUAUAGUUCAUUGAUUUGGAAAGGAGAUCAUGAGAAGAGAAAAUGGGUCUUGCUGGGAGGAAAAAAAGAGGGAAAUAAAAUUUGUGUGGCAGAGAGAGGCUACUGCAGGAGGAAGGGGAGCAUCAGGAGAAAUGUAGGAGAGAAGGGGAGGAGGAUUGGCAAAAAUAAAGCAUGUAUGAAAAUGUCCAUAAUGAAACCAAUUACUUUGUAUGUUGGUUUUAAAAAACAACCAGCCAGCCAGUCAAUAAACCAUCCAUCCAGGCAGUCAAUCAACCAGCUGGCCAGCCAGCCAGCCGGCCAGCCAACCUACCAACCAACCAACUAUCCAACCAACCAGCCAACCAACUAACCAACCAACCAACAAAUCAACCAACCAACCAAACAGCCAGCCACCAACCAACCAACCAACAAAUCAACCAACCAACCAAACAGCCAGCCACCAAUCAACCAACAACCAACCAACCAACCAACCAGCUAACCAACCAACAAAUCAACCAACCAACCAACCAACCAAUCAACCAGCCACCAACCAAUCAACCAACCAAUCAACCAACCAACCAGCCAAUCAACCAGCCACCAACCAACCAACCAAUAAGACAAGCAAGCAAGCAAGCAAGCAAGCAAGCAAGCAAGCAAGCAAGCAACCAACCAACCAACCAACCAACCAACCAACCAAAAUGAAUGUCAGGGCUGAGGGCAGUGCUCAAAAAAGUAAUUAAAAGAUUUACAUUUUUAAGUGCCAUAGACCUAGAGCAUGCAUACAUGAAAGCCUGGUCUCAGCUUUCUCUGCUUUAGUUAAUUAGGAAGACAUAAAAAAGGAGAGUUUUAAUAAUGAAAUUCCCUUUUAUUGACCCAAGUCCAAAUGUACACAGUGUCUUAGUCAGUGAACACCAGAUCUUCCAGUCUCACAAUUAGAACUAUCAUAGUCAUCCACAAUACUGCUAUGGACUUCCUUGAUUGUCAGGUUUUACUGAACACAAAGAAAAAGAUAUAGCCAUGAGUGGCUCCUAAGAGAAUAAAUAAUUGUGUUGCAACAGACAGUGUAAACUCCUAUCAGGAACACUUCUAAGUAUGAGAAAUUCAUAUGUAAGGCAGUAGACUGUUCAACUUGAAGAGAUGUUUAUGAUGAUGUAAACGUAUCAGAAGCCCUGAGAAAGUUUCUUCUGGAAUUUCUUCCUUAUGAUCCUUGAGAUGUAUCUUAGAUGAUCUGUAGUAGCUCGAGCAUCAGACCUCAGGUCCCAAUGGCACAAGUGGAGAUCUGCAACAUCUGCCCAGAUGCUCAUCGGAGCAGAAAGCGCCUUUCAUUCCAUUCAGACAGGGUUUCACACUUAGUUUUAUUUUAUUUUAUCUUGAAUUCCAAGCCUCAAAUUGUAAAAAUUAGGUUUUGGUUCUACAUAAACCAAAACCCUGGCAUUCUGCAGGGAUGGAAGUGAUUCUCCAUCUUCCUGACACCGCGUUCCUCAUGUUGUGGUGACUCCAAACCGUAAAAACGACUUUUGUUGAUACUUCAGAAUUAUAAAUUUUUUUUUACUGUUAUGAGUCAUAGAGUAAAUCUCUGUGUUUUCCCAUGGUAUUAGGUAGUCCCUGGGAAAGUGUCAUUUGACCCACAAAGGUGUCAUGACCCACAGGUUGAGAAGACAUGCUUUAAAAGAUUGGAAGGAGAGAAUUAAGAGAUAGAAGAUAAUGGGAGGGUGAAUAUAAUCAACUUACUAUCACAAAUAAGAAAAUCUAGUGAGAUGAUGAAUAUAAGUCAGUGCUUCUCAAUCUUCCUAAUGCUGCGUCCCUUUAAUCCAGUUCCUCAUGUUAUGGUGACCCCUACCCCAACUAUAAAAUUAUUUUAUUGCCUCUUCAUAGCUGUAAUUUGCUACUGUUAUGAAUUAUAAUGUAAAUAUCUGAUAUGUAGGAUAUAUGAUAUGUGAGAGCCACAGGCUGAGAACUGCUGAUAUAUGCUGACCUCAGCAUCCCCAGCCUGGUUCCUGUGUGAGAACUUGGGACUGGGUAGCACAUGAACACUUAAGGGUACAGUCUCUGGUGAAGGGAUAGCUCCCCUAAAGAGGCUGGAAUGUGGGUUCUGUAAGGAAGGGAUUAAGCACUCUGAAUCAGAAUUGUUGAAUUCUUAUCUCCUCAGCCCCAGGUAGGUAGGUUCAACACCACUGGAAAUAUGCUUGAGAAACUGUGCUCCAGUUUUAUCAUUUGGUACAGAAAUGGAGUGUUAGUUAACACCAGGAUCCUGAGAGAUUUGAAGUAGGAUAUGUAAUGAAGAUAUGGAUUGUAGUGUUACAAGCAGGUGCUUCUUAUUGUUCAUCAAAUGCCUCUCAAGUCAUGACUGCCAUGAAUAAAAUAAAAAAAAAAUCCAGAUCUUCUGUAGCAUCACAGUGUAUCUAUUGAGUGGUGUUCUCACCCCUUCCCUCCCUCUAUCUUAAUUUCUUGUCUUGCUGUUUUCUUUCUUGUUACCUUCCUUCAUUUUGCCAAUCUGAAAUCAGGUGCUAUGAAUAGGAAAUAAAGGAUGACCAGCAGAUUCUAAAUUAUAGUUGAGUUCCAGGAAGUACAAGAAAGGUGUGAGACAAUAGGCCAAGGCCAGUUGUGUCCUCUUUUCAGUGAUGCCUAGGAGGAAAAAUACAGUGUCAAGAAGUUCUUACUAAAACAACUGUGACAAAUCAUCUUAUAUAGACAAAAGGUUUAAUUUUGGCUCAUAGCCCAGGAAUAGCUUUGGGCCUGUAGCAGGCAGCACAUUGUGGUGGGAGCAUAUAGUGGAACAUAGGUGUUUACCUCCUGGCCAAAAGAGAGGGAGGCAGAGGGGAGGAGAGACAGCCAGAGGCACCAGAGUUCUACAGUCCCCCUUUGAGGGCAUGCCUACCCUCCUCAGUGACCCAAAGACAUCCCACUAGGCCUCAGCCUAUAGAGUUCUUCCACCUCCCAGUGGUGCCAAACUGGGAACUCACCCUAAGGUGUAGGCCUUUGGGGAACUCCCAAGAUGCAGACUAGGUAAGCUUUCACAAGAGUGGUGAAUUCUCCUGAAAGCAGAGAUUUCUGGGGGCUCUCUGUGAUUGAAAACCACGUUCCUCCUAUCUUUUAUUUCAGAGCUGAAGAUGAAGCUCAGUAGAGUGCUCACCUAGUAUAUGUGAGACCCUGGAUUCUGCAUGCAGCACAAGGUGUGCUUGCCCCAGCACUUGAGAGGUCCCAGAAGCGCAAUGUCAACUUCUGCUACACAGGGAGGGAUUUAGGGACCAGAUUGAGAUACAUAAGACUUUGUAUUAAAAUGUUUUAAAACUAGAUUUUUAUUUUACUUACAUGAAGAUGGUCUAGGCAAUCCUUUACAUGUUAAAAAUGCUCGAUAAAUGGCUUGGGCUGACAAAACUGCCUUUUAGCAAUUGCAUAUUUUUGCCACAAGAGGGCACUAUCUAGAAUUUUAUUCGGGUGACUUCUGAUUUAGUCAAUUUACCAAUGUGUUUUAUUUUAAUCCCACAAAAUCUUAUUUGUACUUCAAAUUAAUUCAAUUAACCACAAACUUUCAUUUAAAGCUUUAAACUUUAUUAUUAUUGGGUGUGUGAGUGCAUCACAGACAUUCUUAAUUUAAAUAAGUUAUUUACCUAUAAUACGGAUCUUCCCUUGACAUUUGAGGGAUUCUCAGUUAUCUAAAGGCAUUGUUUUAAAACUCAGUGUUCUUGUUGAAGGCCGAUAAAUAAAUAUAUACAUAAUAUACAAACUAUAUUAUAUAUCAUAUCACAUAUAAUUUAUAAUAUAUUCCAUAAACAUAUUAUUUUAUAAUAUACAAUGUUUAUAUGAUUUAUAUUAUAAUAUAUUAGAGUAAAUAUAUUAUAAUAUAUAAUUAUUAUAUACUACUUAUAUAUCAUAUGUAAUUAUGUAUAAUAUAUGUUAUAUAUGAUAUGUGAUAGAUGUUAUUACAUAUCUAUAACAUAUAAUGCAUAUAAUAAAAAUAUAACUACAAUAUACCAUAUAUUAUGUUAAAUAUAUUACAUAAUAUAUUUAAAAAUAUAUAUGUGCAUUUGCUAACAUAAUGUAUAAAAUAUACAUAUAUAAAUAUGAGCAUGCAAUAAAAUAAA